GUCCGUCCGUCCGUCGCUGCCCAUUCGCAUGCGUCAGCGACGACGCGCGAGGGAUCUCGGUCGCCCAUAGACGGCCCCUCGUCUCGUCUCGUCUCGUCUUCUCCAUCGCCGCACGAAGCUUGAGGCAGUCCCCGCCCCUCUAGCCCUGCUCAAUCCAGCCCGGCUCCAUGGCCAACAGCAACCUCCCUCGCCGAAUCAUCAAGGAGACGCAGCGGCUUCUCAGCGAGCCAGCUCCAGGGAUUAGCGCGUCGCCAUCCGAGGAGAACAUGCGCUACUUCAAUGUCAUGAUCCUUGGCCCCACGCAGUCACCUUAUGAAGGUGGAGUUUUCAAGCUUGAACUUUUCUUACCUGAGGAAUAUCCGAUGGCUGCUCCAAAAGUUAGAUUUCUUACUAAAAUUUAUCAUCCCAACAUUGACAAGCUUGGUAGGAUAUGCCUUGACAUUCUCAAGGACAAAUGGAGUCCAGCUCUUCAGAUUCGUACAGUUCUGUUGAGCAUCCAGGCACUGCUGAGUGCUCCAAAUCCAGAUGAUCCUCUCUCAGACAACAUUGCAAAACACUGGAAAGCCAAUGAAGCUGAAGCUGUCGAGACAGCGAAGGAGUGGACUCGCCUGUAUGCAAGCGGGGCAUGACAACCAAACGUUAUUUUGGAUGUAAUAACACUGUCAUUGUUUGGGCCUGAUUGAAUAUCAUUUGCUUUAUAAGAGCAAAUUUAAGAUAUGUUGCAAUGGAAAUGAGUGUUUGAACCCUAA